AACUCCAAUUCUCCUCCUCUCUUAUAAGUUAAUAACUUUUAUCAAACAUCCCAUCCCACUAUCUCCGAUUAAUCCCUCCCUUCCAUUUCGUCUUCUUCAUCAAUUUCUGAGUUCAGUUUCUCCAUAACCUCGCUUUGAGGCCUUGGUCUCCAUCUCAGAUGGCGUCCAUGGCGACUCGUUUCACCAAAUCCUCAUCCCCAUUUCAUUCUAUUACCAGAACAUCCAAUCCCCAUUUCGCCGCUCCGGUGAAAAUCUCAAUUUCUCGGAGCUCCAAGGCGAGGACCCCCCUCCGGCUCCGGGUCUCGGCCGGGUUGAUCGAACCGGACGGCGGAAGGCUGGUGGAGCUUCUGGUUGAGGAGCCUCUGAGGGGUUUGAAGAAGAGGGAGGCCUUAUCCUUGCCCAGAAUCGAGCUCUCCAGCAUCGAUAUCCAGUGGGUUCAUGUGCUCAGCGAAGGCUGGGCCAGCCCUCUCACCGGAUUCAUGAGAGAAUCCGAGUUCCUCCAAACGCUUCAUUUCAAUUCCCUCAGGCUCCCGGAUGGGUCUGUGGCGAAUAUGUCAGUGCCCAUUGUUCUCGCCAUUGACGAUGCCCAAAAGCACCGCAUCGCCGACUCCACUUCUGUCGCUCUCUUUGACGCCAACAACAAUCCCAUCGCCAUUCUCAAAGAUAUUGAGAUCUACAAGCACCCUGAAGAAGAAAGGAUAGCAAGAACCUGGGGCACCACUGCCCCAGGACUCCCUUACGUUGAUCAAGCUAUAACCAAUGCUGGUAAUUGGCUGAUUGGGGGUGAUUUGGAGGUUAUAGAACCAAUCAAGUACCAUGAUGGUCUGGACCGUUUCCGACAGUCACCUGCAGAACUACGGGAGGAAUUUACCCGGCGAAAUGCAGAUGCAGUAUUUGCAUUCCAACUUCGCAAUCCAGUCCAUAACGGGCAUGCUUUACUAAUGACUGACACCCGCCGUCGGCUGCUCGAUAUGGGGUACAAGAACCCCAUUUUGUUGCUUCAUCCUCUGGGUGGCUACACCAAGGCAGAUGAUGUUCCACUUAGUUGGCGAAUGAAGCAACAUGAGAAGGUGCUUGAGGAUGGUGUUCUUGAUCCAGAGACAACGGUGGUCUCCAUAUUUCCAUCUCCAAUGCACUAUGCAGGGCCAACAGAGGUGCAGUGGCAUGCAAAGGCGAGAAUCAAUGCAGGGGCUAACUUUUACAUUGUUGGCCGUGACCCUGCUGGAAUGGGUCAUCCUACUGAGAAAAGGGAUCUGUAUGAUGCUGACCAUGGGAAGAAAGUACUGAGCAUGGCACCUGGACUGGAGCGGCUAAACAUCCUUCCUUUCAGAGUUGCUGCUUAUGAUAAAACUCAGGGCAAAAUGGCCUUUUUCGAUCCCUCGAGACCUCAGGAUUUCCUUUUCAUAUCCGGCACCAAGAUGAGAACACUAGCAAAGAACAAAGAGAAUCCACCAGAAGGGUUUAUGUGCCCAGGGGGAUGGAAGGUGUUGGUUGAAUAUUAUGACAGUUUGGUACCUGCAAGCAAUGACAGACUUCCUGAACCUGUUCUAGCUUAGGCUGCUGUAUCAGGGGAAAAGUUAUUAGAAAUUUUAAACAUACUGUGCCAGUGAUGAAUAAGAUCAUGAGGCGAUGGUACAGAAGCAUAAUAUAAUUUGCCUCACUUUGUAAAUUAGAUGCCCUCAUCGCAUCUUUGGCUUUCCUACAAGACAACAUAUUGUGUGUAAUAGUAAGUGCUUUAUGUUCAGUGCUAUGAAGGAGAUGGGUUUGAUGAUGGAUUUGGUUUUGAGGUUAAACAACUUUACUGAAUGUACUUAAUAUAUUAUGAAUUUAUUUUUAUAUUAUUCAUAGGAUUAA